CGGCCAUCAUCGCCAUACACAAAUUUGGCCAAUUCGAUGUAUCGAUAUGUCUGCCAACCUCUAGAAUCGAUCGUGCGCGCGCGGUUCUGGCUAAUAAUAAAAUAUACAAAUAAACAAGCGGAAAUAACAUGAAAUCAUGGCCACUGCACGAAGCCAAAUCAGCAUGCAGAGCAAGUACGACCGGGUGGUACUGCUGGUGGACAUGGACUGCUUUUUCUGCCAAGUCGAAGAGAAACAGAACCCGGAGCACCGAAACAAGCCCCUUGCCGUGGUGCAAUAUAAUCCUUGGCGCGGGGGCGGCAUCAUCGCAGUGAACUACGCGGCCAGGGCCAAGGGAGUCACCCGGCACAUGCGCGGCGACGAGGCUAGGGAUCUCUGUCCCGAGAUCGUGCUCUGCCAGGUGCCAAACAUACGCGAGAAGGCUGACACGAGCAAAUACCGCGAUGCCGGCAAGGAGGUGGCCAACGUCCUGCAGCGGUUCACGCAACUAUUGGAGCGCGCAUCCGUGGACGAGGCCUACUUGGACAUAACUGACACUGUCAACCUGCGGAUAAAGCAGAUGGAAAGCGGAGCUUUCGCUCUGAAGCCGCAGGAGCUAGUGAACACUUAUGCCGUGGGUUAUCCGGACAUCGGGGACUAUGUGAACAAAAUCACUAAUCGAUUUUCCAACCCCUACAUUGAAGACGAGCGAUUCCAGCUGUCCUAUGACCAGAACGACCUGCCUGCCGUCCGGCAAAGCGACAUCAGGCUGCUCAUUGGGGCCGCCGUGGCCGGCGAAGUGCGGGCGGCAGUGAAGAAGGAGACUGGUUACGAGUGCUCUGCUGGCAUAGCACACAACAAGAUUCUGGCCAAGCUGGCUGCUGGCCUGAACAAACCAAACAAGCAGACCAUCCUCCCGCUGGGGGAGAUCCCUGCCUUUUUUGACUCUCUGCCGGUGGGCAAGAUUAAGGGUCUGGGCGGAAAGUUUGGCGAAGUGGUGUGCGAGACAAUGGGAAUCAAAUUCCUGGGUCAACUCUGCAAAUUCUCCGAGGCUGAGCUGCAGCGCAAAUACGACGAAAAAAAUGGCACCUGGCUAUUCAACAUAGCACGAGGCAUCGACCUGGAGGCAGUCACACCGAGGUUUUAUUCAAAGAGUAUUGGCUGCUGCAAAAAAUUCCCGGGACGAAAUAACAUCACAGGACUAAAGUCGCUCCAACACUGGCUGGGCGAGCUCUCCUCCGAGAUUAACGAACGGCUGGAGAAGGACUUCAUAGAAAACAAUCGGAAGGCUAAGCAAAUGGUGGUGCAGUACAUCCAGGACAUUGACGGCCACGAGGUAGCCAGCUCACGGUCCACAGCGCUCAAGGACUACGACAAGGAGUCUUUGGCCAAGUUCGCUUUGGAAUUGAUCAGGAGUAACACCAAGACAUUCUUACGCGCUGGAUGCGAUGCCGCAUUAAAUAACGCCAUAAAGUUUCUGGGAAUAAGCGCGGGAAAAUUCGAGACAGUGUCCAAUGCACAAAACAAGCUGCAGGAGAUGUUCGCUAACCAGGCGGCUAAGAAACGGCGCGUCAGUGGAGAUGAGGCUGUGCAGCAGCCCAAAGCCCAACCGGAAACGAAGCCCAAACAAACCGAGGAGUCGAAGAUGAAAAGUUUCUUUGCCAACUACUUGCAAGGCGCCAAAAAGGAGGAAAAGAAGCCCGCCUCCGAUGAUGCUGAAAAUAUUCCGCCAGAGGAUGCUCCCAAGAAAAGUUUCUUUGACGAAUACAAGCAAAAGCUCAAGGCGGUCACACAGGCAGAAAGUGGAACUCCCGUGACCUCCACGCCGCCAGAGUUAAAGGGAAGCUUUUUCGCUAAAUAUCUCCAGCAACAAAAAGAGGAAAAAACACAGGAUAACGAGGCGAUUACUGAAGACUCUUCCGAUUUGCAAGGUUUGGCUGAGGAGCUGGAUGCCAUAGAAGCUAAUAACUCGAAGGAUUUCGAUGAAGACACUAUAGAGGAGUCAGUGCCGACUGUGGAGGCUGAAAUGUCCGUGCCAGAAAAAGAGGUCUUGGUUGAGCCUACAACCGUAAAAGCCAGUGAAAUUUCGGAAACUUCCACCCUCGAUUUUCCAAAAGAAAAUCAAUCUAUAGCUGAGCAACCUCUCACGGAAGAGGAACUAAAGCCAUCUACCUCAAAAAGAAAAUUUGAUCAAGUUGACUACAAGGAGACGUAUGCUGAGUUUGCCAUACCAGAACUUCGUAGCGACCUUCUCCCCACGGUCAAGUGCGAUCAGUGUGGUGCCCAGAUACCAGACGAUGUCCAGUACCUGCAGACUCAUCGCGACCACCAUUUUGCACAAGAGCUUAGUCGCCAGCUAAAGAGCGAGCAGCGAGAGGAGCGUCAGCAGUGUCGGCAGAAGGAGGCGCCCAAGCCGACCCCUCCCAAAAAGCAAAAGAAGGUUGCAGGAUCAGGAAACACCACUGUAUCUCAGACCAACAGCAUCGCCAAGUUCUUCAGCGCCAAGCCAACUAAUGAGCCACCACCCAGCGAUGUUCCCAUGGAGCAGUGCUCCGAAUGCAAAGCGUUCAUCAAGAGUGUGGAUAUGCCAGAGCACUUGGACUACCACGUGGCCAGAAACCUGCAGCGGGAGCUAAACCAACAGGAUCUGCGCAGCCGCAGCGCAGCGUUGGAAAAGGAGAAAUCCUCCCCGGGGCAGUCCAAGAAGCAAAAACAACUAAACAACACCAUUGGCGGCCCAUCCAGGGGAAAUAAGACCAUUGCCCAGUUUUUCAGCCAAACUAAUUAAAAGUGCCAUUGAGUCUCUUCUUUUAUUUUAAUUGCAUUUGCUUGAUCACACUUUGGCUCUUCCGAAGUGAGAAUAGGAUAUAAGCUCCCAUAAGAAUUUAUUAAGAGUAGUAUUUGUUUCUUCAUUUUCAUAUCAAAUCACUAACCACAUCAGCAGUUGUCUGCUUAAAAAAACGAGUGAAUAGUUUAUGUAUUAUUUUCAAGUAUUCCGCUUUGAAAAGCCAUUUAUUUUGUUUUUUUUUUUAUUUGUUUGCAUUGUUCUAUUAUUUUAAGUUCGCAUAAUCCUGAAUGUUGACCAUUACCAAACCGAAAAAUAAAUCAAAACCCAUUCUUGUUAUGGCUAGAAUAGAAUA